AUGGUCGAAGAGGAAACAUCAUCAUCAUCCUCGUCGUCCUCGUCGUCCUCGUCGUCAGAGUGGCGUGAGUCGUCAGGCGAAGAACCAGAAAGUGAAGAUUCGGUAUCAACGGCUGAGGUCAUCUCCGAGUCCACUGCACUGCAUAUCGAGGCUACUAGGCAUAAAUUUAUGUUCCCAGUGGCUGCACAGGAAUUCAUUGAGCUUGAACUCAAGAUCGUCCCAGACUGCUACUGCCUCAACACCAUUCUAGCCCCUUCCAAGGCUGGUGGCUAUGUUCAGCUGUCAUAG